CGUCAUUACAGAGGUCUGGAAACGUGUAUGUACUUGGAAGCACGGGAAGGUCCCUAUCGUCAGAUGUCUAGAAUAAUAUCCAUUAUAUUGGGCCACAAAGCGUGGUUGGCCUAGUCUUUUGACGCCCCGAGCCACGAAUUUUACCUUCAUUCCUACUUCUAUUGGUUAUUCGACUGGCAACGCCCGCAAUGGCAGCAUCGAUUCCUGGUAGACCAAAGCGCACUGGAGAAGACUUUGCUCGCAUACACCAUAAUGACACAGAUUCCGAUACGAACGGGCCUACUUCAUCCAAAAGAGUUCGAUUUGAUGUCCGAAAUCCAUCCGCUUUAGCUCCAGACGCCUUGGAGGAGGACGCGGUGCUGGACGCUGACGAAAUUGGUCAUCGAGGACGGCGAGUGCGGCGAAACGCAGUCAACAUCGAGGGCUACGAUUCUGACAGCGAAAAUGAGGGGUUUGAUGCGCGCAUAGAAGCUAAAGCUAGAGCUAAUGUGAAAAAUUCCCCCAGAGACACAGAUGAUAUGUUCGCAGAGUUGGAAGACGAUUUUGCCGCUGAUGACGCAGACGACGCUACACCUCCGGGUAAAAAGAAGCAAGUUCGGUUUCUACAGGAUGAUGAGAUUGAGGGACAGGUUUAUGAUUCUCGUGCUGGAGGCACGGUUACUCUGGAUCUACAUGGCGGCGGUAAAGGGAAACAAGUGGCGCGAGCCGAGGAAGAAGAUAGUGAGAGCGAUGUCGACGAACGAGAGAGAGCGAAGGUCGGUCCAGAUGUGGACAAAGAACUUGGAGCUGGGGGAAAGAAGACGCACGUUCCGCUAUUAGAUGCUUUCAAUAUGCGCGCGGAGCAGGAGGAAGGGCGCUUUGACGAGGCCGGAAACUUUGUUCGCAAAGCCACAGAUCCAGACGCGAUUCACGAUUCUUGGCUGGAAGGGGUUUCGAGAAAAGACAUGCGAAAAGCUAGGGAGGCUGCGGAGAAGAGGGAAGAGGAACGACGAAAGAUUCAGCUUCAGCAGGACAGCAUCCGCACAGCGGAUAUCUUGGACACCUUAAUCAAAAAUAUGGAGCGGGGAGAGACUAUCCUAGAGUCACUCGCAAGACUGGGGAAAAGUGUCAAAAACAAGCCGAAGUGGCGGAAUAAAAAUAAAAACCGACAGCGGAGUAACAAGAACGGCACGGAAGAUGAGGAAAUGGGCGAAGACAACCAAGAUGAAACAGCCCGCAAGCGUGUGAUCGAAGAUAUUACUGGAGCUGCAGACAUCCUGCUCAGUCGUGGUCAGUCUGAAAUAUACGAUGCGGAACGUGAGCUAUUGUUGCGGCAAUACAAGCGAGAAACAGGGGUGGAUUGGGGAGACCAGACGCUCGCAGAAGGCGCUAUUUCGGAAUCAAAAAUAGUGACGGAUGCUCCGCCAUUGUGGGAAUAUCGCUGGUCCGAUUCCCGCGAUGGAGGCGAGGCUCAUGGUCCAUAUGAUGGGGCAAUGAUGGAAUCAUGGUAUGCGGCAGGAUACUUUGGUGAAGGUGUUGAAUUUCGGAAAGUUGACACGGCUGGAGAAUGGAGCUCUGUCGCAAGCUUCACAUGAUAGCCUGGCUUAUAUCAAUUCCAUUUCAAAAUUGUACUAUUAUAUUAACGAUUUGACAAGAUAAGCCUUGUGUGUACAGUAAUCGGAGUUGAAUUUACCCAGCAUGACUUAGCAUCCACAACUGAAUGAUUUUAUCCCGCCUUUCGGAAGUAGGUUGCACUGCGCCACCUUACUAUACAAAGGAGUUUUUUACUUCUCGCAGCCCGCAAUCCCAAAGUCAACCAUAAAUCGCAAUGAGAACAAAUCGUUAUAAGAGUCUAGUCCUUAAGAAAUUUCCAUGGCAUCACCAUUGGGAUAGGAGAAGGUAACAUUGCCUUCUUCACCAAUAAGCCGCUUCUCAAACUCAUUCACAAACUUGACACUUCGAAGUGGGUCAAGGAAAAGAUGAAAACUUCGCUGUACAUCUUCCAGACCGACCUCUUUGGAUUUGCGCUUCUGACUUAGUAAGGUAGACGUGGCGAUGAUGUUGCUGGCAUAUCUCAAGCCAGAUUCCUGGCCAAUUUUCGUCAACAGGGCAAGUGCAUCAGGGGUCAGAUCAAUCUCUUCCUCUUGGGCACGGAUAGCUAAUAUUUGCUGGAUAUCCUCCUUGGUGUAUGGUUGAGUGCUAACGAUGACGACCCUGUCGAGGAAGUCCAGAGGUAACCCAUGAGGGGACCUAUACGAGGUGCCGCGUAUUCUUGUAUUUCCACGAUUGCUCGCCAUGAUCACAAUGGGUGCCAACUCGGCUUCUAGCGCUCGGUUGAUGUAGGAAAAACACUCAAUAUCAAGCAUGUGGACUUCGUCGAUGAACAACACGCCGGGUAUGAUUUCCGCCUUGCCUUCUUCUUUCCAUUCUCCAACUUUUGUAUUGAUUUGAUCUCUCACUUCACUACGAAUUUCGCCAGUGUCUCCUGAAAACAGUGCUAAAAAGCCUUGCGUUCUUGAAUUUAUGACGUCAAUCUCAUGGAGACUGACUGUGUGCACUAUUUCCUUUCGGACUUGCAACUCUCCGUCCGGGCAUUGGACAAACUUUGUAUCCGCUCCCAUCGCAUCGUAGUCUCGAGAGCGGGCGUAUGAGCGCCCAAGUUUGGUUAUCUUGCCAGAAGCCUUAUCAAUUGAAAUCACAUCCC